AAAUGGCAACACUGGCGGCGCGUGCAAGCGGACUUUGUAAAACUUGCGUCCGCAUGGUAUUUUCGAUUUUUGUUAAAUAGGAAUAAACAUUCAGUGUAAAAGUGAACAAAAACUGGAAAAAUGCUAUUACUUUUUGAAACCCCUGCGGGGUACGCCAUAUUUAAGGUGUUGAACGAAAACAAACUUGCCGAAGUUGAUGACCUGUACCAUGAGUUCGAAACGCCCGAAGCUGCAGGCAAAAUAGUCAAAUUAAAACACUUUGAGAAGUUUGCUGACACUACCGAAGCCUUAGCAGCAACAACCGCCGCAGUCGAGGGAAAACUCAGUAAAUCCCUGAAGAAGCUUUUAAAAAAGCACUGCUCCGAAGUCCAUGAGCAACUUGCCGUUGCAGAUGCGAAACUAGGAAACGCUAUAAAAGACAAAUUGAGUCUAUCAUGCAUCAGCAACACGUCAAUCCAAGAACUGAUGCGAUGCAUCAGAAGCCAAAUGGACAGUCUCUUGGCUGGUUUCCCCAAGAAGGAAAUGACUGCCAUGGCUCUUGGUUUGGCACACAGUCUCUCCAGGUAUAAACUCAAGUUCUCCCCUGACAAAAUCGACACCAUGAUCAUCCAGGCAGUAUGUCUUCUCGACGACCUGGACAAGGAAUUGAACAACUACGUAAUGCGUUGCCGAGAAUGGUAUGGAUGGCACUUCCCCGAGUUGGGAAAGCUUAUCUCCGACAAUAUCUCCUUCGUUAAAACUGUCAAGAUCAUCGGCACAAGGGAAAACACAUCUUCCUGCGAUUUAUCUGACAUUUUGCCGGAAGAAGUUGAGGAAAAAGUGAAGGAAGCUGCGGAGAUUUCAAUGGGAACUGAAAUCUCCAACGAUGAUAUCAUCAACAUCCAACACUUGUGCGAUCAAGUGAUCGAGAUCUCACAAUACAGGACGCAAUUGUACGAUUAUUUGAAUGCAAGGAUGACGGCUAUGGCUCCAAAUCUGACUGUUCUCGUUGGAGAAUUAGUUGGAGCAAGAUUGAUUUCCCACGCAGGGUCACUGAUCAAUCUUGCGAAGCAUCCAGCUUCGACUGUUCAAAUUCUUGGAGCAGAAAAGGCACUUUUCAGAGCCUUGAAGACAAAGAGAGACACUCCAAAGUAUGGUUUGAUUUAUCACGCAGCACUGGUGGGCCAGUGUUCGACGAAAAAUAAGGGAAAGAUGUCCAGGAUGUUGGCGGCUAAGUCCUCCCUCGCGAUUAGGGUUGAUGCUUUGGGUGAAGAUGUUAGCUUCGAAUUUGGAGCGGAGCACAAAGCAAAGCUCGAAGCUAAAUUGAGGAUUAUGGAGGAGGGAAAUUUGAGGAGGAUUAGUGGAACUGCAAAGGCUAAAGCGAAGUUUGAGAAGUAUCACACCAAGAGUGAGGUGCUUCAGUAUCCGGCGGCUACUGAUUCUACAAUGCCGGUUAAGAGAAGACACUCGGAGAUGGAAGAUCAGAAAAUGUUGAUUGAGGAGAUGAAGAGCGAAGAUGUUCCGAAGAAGAAGAAAAAGAGGGAGACUGAGGAGGGUGGGGCUGAGCAGGUGGAAGAGGCAGAACAGGAGGGAGUCACGCCUAAGAAAAAGAAGAAGAAGGUUAAGCAAGAACCUGCAGAAGAAUCUGAAGUCUCAGUCAAGGUGGAGGAAGAACCAGAAUGCUCAGAGCCCAAAAAGAAGAAAAAGAAGAAGAAGGUGAAAGAGGAACCAGAGGAAUCAGCAAUUCCAGACGAAUAUAUGCAAACAAUGGAGUCGAGCACAACCGAAAAGAAAAAGAAGAAGAAAAAGAAAUCCCAGUCACAUGAAGAUCCCGAUACAUAAAUAGCACCUAGUUUCUAUUUAAAUAAUUCUAUUUUCAACUGCAGCGAAUCGUGAAAGAAUUAACAUUCUUUGUAAAUCACACGUUAUUCGUGAACACCUGUAUAAAUAGCAACACAUUAAUUAUGAUUAAGAAUAUGUUAGCUGAAUGUUGAAUGUAUACUUUAGCUUGAAAAAUCGUAUAAUGAAAAAAUGGCACGAUUUUUCUCUCAAUUUUUUUCUUAUAUUGGUGAUUUUAUGAACAUUAGAAAGAAAAAAAUUCUUUUGCAUCAGUUUCAGUUAAAAUGUUAUUCUUGCUUAAAAUUCCCGAAGUUCUGCUACUUCGUGCCUAAAUAUAUUUUUGUAACUGAUGUUUGCAAUUCAUUGUUAAAAUAUCAAAAUAAUUUUUAUAUUCUAAUACUUGUAACUGUGUUUUUUUUUUUUUUGUAAAAUAUAGACAAGUACUUUGUUAUAAACAAAAUAUGUAAAGAAAAAUAAAAACUGAAGAUUUAUUUAAAGUCUGUGGAAAUCACCUUUUUAGUGACUGAAAUAUUUUUUUUAGAUACUGCAGAAGUACAUUUUUUAUACGAUUUAUUUACACUGCUAUACAAAAAGGUGUCAAAUCACGUAAUUUGUAUUAUAAAUAAAAAAAAAAUCGCUUUCAAAAAUAUACGUUGGGAAUGAGAACAGAGAAAAAUAAAAGAGCAAGAUUUCUUUCUUAGAUUUAUUGUUUGCGAAGAGAAAAUAUGCUUCGAUAUAUCUGUAUAAAUCAAAUACAUAAAAAAUAUAUACUACUAGGAUUGCAUC